GCCGGAGUGCGACUGGUGGUCUCUGGGGGUAUGCAUGUACGAGAUGCUGUACGGAGAAACGCCAUUCUACGCUGAGUCGCUGGUGGAAACCUACGGCAAGAUCAUGAACCAUGAGGAGCGGUUUCCAGUUCCCCUCCCAUGUGACCGACUUGUCCGAGGACGCCAAGGACCUGAUCCAGCGCCUGCUCUGCUCCAGGGAGCGCCGCCUCGGCCUGAACGGAAUCUCCGACUUUAAGAGUCACCCGUUCUUCAUCGGGAUCGACUGGGAGAACAUCCGGUCGGCCGAGGCCCCCUACAUCCCCGACGUGUCCUCGCCCACCGACACCUCCAACUUUGAUGUAGACGACGACGUCCUCAAAAACCCGGACAUCAGCCCUCCAAUGUCUCACACUGGUUUCACCGGUCAGCACCUUCCCUUCGUCGGCUUCACCUACACCACAGACAGCUGCUUCGCCGACCGCAGCUCCUUCAGCCGGGGUGUGCUCGGCCUCCACCCGGAGGAGGGGGGAGGGGGGGGGGGAGGGCAGGAGGUGGAGGCGUUUGAGAGGAGGAUCCGCCACCUGGAGCAGGAGAAACAGGAGCUGAACCGCAAACUACAGGAGUCCACUCAGGCGCUGCAGGCUCCGGCUCGCGGAGGAACUCUAAGCCGAGACAAAGAGAUCAAGAAGCUGAACGAGGAGAUUGAGCGUCUGAAGAAGAAGCUGGCAGACUCUGAUAGGCUGGAGCACCAGCUGGAGGAAGCGGUCACACUGAGGCAGGACUACGAGAGCUCCGCCUCCAAACUGAAGACCCUGGAGAGGCAGUUGAAGACCCUGAGGCAGGAGAAGGAUGACGUGCAUAAGCAGCUGGCAGACUCUCUGGAGCGCCUUAGGAGCCAGGCGAAGGAGCUGAAGGAGGCUCACUCUCAGAGGAAGUUGGCGCUGCAGGAGUUCUCCGACCUGUCGGAGCGGAUGGCCGACCUGCGCUCCUCCAAACAGCGCUUGUCCCGUCAGCUGCGGGACAAAGAGGAGGAGGUGGACGCCCUACUGCAGAAGAUGGACGCCAUGAGACAGGACAUCCGCAAGACCGAGAAGAACCGCAAGGAGCUGGAGGCUCAGUUGCACGAGGCGAAGGCCGAAGCGUCAAAGGAGAAGAAGCUGAGGGAGCACAGUGAGGCGUACUGCCAGCAGCUGGAGACAGAGCUGCAGGGCCUCAAGCAGGGGCGGGGGGCAGCAGUGGGGGGGAUGGAGUCUCAGCAGGAGCUGUCCCGCCUAAAGGCGGAGCUUGAUAAGAAGGUGCUGUUCUACGAGGAGGAGCUGCUGAGGAGAGACUCCGCCCACUGCUCCGACGUCAAGAACCUCCGCAAAGACCUGCAGGAGGCUGAGGGGGGGCAGCUGGCCGCCAACAAGGACCUGCUGCAGCUGAGGGACAAGUUGGACAAGGACAAGAGGGACAGACAAACCGAGAUGGAUGAAGCUGUUUCAGCUCUGAGGGAGAAAUCUGACCGAGAGAAAAACCUGCUGACAGAAGAAAACCACAAACUGGCGGCUGACACUGACAAGCUGUGUGCGUUUGUUGAUAAACUGACUGCUCAGAACCGUCAGCUGGAGGACGAGCUGCAGGAUCUUUCCUCCAAAAAGGAGAGCGUGGCUCACUGGGAGGCUCAGAUCGCAGAAAUCAUCCAGUGGGUGAGCGAUGAGAAAGACGCUCGAGGCUACCUUCAGGCUCUGGCCACCAAGAUGACGGAGGAGCUGGAAACUCUGCGCAGCUCCAGUCUGGGAACAAGGCCUCUGCCUGAAACAGGAGUGGCUACGCCUCCUAAGAAGCAAUGGCCUCCUACUGGUGGAGACUGGAGGGAUCCUCUGUGGAAGGUGCGGCGCAGUCAGAAGUUGGACAUGUCCGCGCGUCUGGAGCUGCAGUCGGCUCUGGACGCUGAGAUCAGAGCCAAGCAGCUGGUUCAGGAGGAGCUGCGCCGACUCAAGGCUGCCAACAUCAACCUGGAGAGUAAGUUGAAGGAGUCGGAGGAGAACAUUCUGGAGAUGGGGGAGCAGGUGGAGAGUCUGAAGAAAGAGAUGGAAGACAGUCUCUCCCGCUCUGACAGAGGUCUGAAGCUUCCAGACUUCCAGGACUCCAUCUUUGAAUAUUUCAACACGUCUCCUCUGGCUCCUGACCUCACCUUCAGAGCGUCAGUUUGCUCCGCCUCCUCACUGCUUGCUCUCCUGGAAGACACCACGGACAUAGACCCACCCCCCCUGAAACCAGAGACCAUGCCCCCCUCGCCCUGCACCACCUCCGAACACGAGGAAGUUAAAGCAGCAUCAGUCCCAGCAAGCCCCUCCCCCACCUACCACAGCUCAGCACUGAGCACACCAAAGCCCAAAGCUCACCAGCUGAGCAUCAAGACGUUCUCCAGUCCGACUCAGUGUACACACUGCACCUCGCUGAUGGUGGGACUCGCCAGGCAGGGAUACGCCUGUGAAGUGUGUUCCUUUAUCUGCCACAUUUCCUGUAAAGACCACGCCCCUCUGGUAUGUCCAAUCCCAGCAGAGCAGGCCAAGAGGCCGCAGGGCAUUGACGUCCAGAGAGGCAUUGGCACCGCCUACAAGGGUUACGUCAAGAUCCCGAAGCCCAGCGGGGUGAAGAAGGGCUGGCAGAGAGUGUUCGCCUUGGUCUCUGAUUGCAAACUGUUUCUCUACGACAUCCCAGAGGGAAAGUCUACUCAGCCAGGGGUGGUGGCCAGUCUGGUGCUGGAUCUCAGGGAGGAGCAGUUUUCCGUCAGCUCUGUCUUGGCGUCAGAUGUGAUCCACGCCACCAGGAAGGACAUCCCUUGCAUCUUCAGGGUGACGUCCUCACAGCUGAUCUCGCAGCUGUCCUCUGUCUCUCUGCUGGUGUUGGCUGAGAGCGAAGUGGAGAAGAGGAAGUGGGUCAGGAUCCUGGAGGGUCUGCAGAGCAUAUUGACCAAGAACCUGGUGAGGAACCGACAGGUCCACGACCUGCACGAGGCAUACGACGCCUCGUUACCCAUCAUCAAGACCACGCUGUCUGCCGCUGUGCUCGAUCGGGAGAGGAUUGUACUGGGAACCGAAGACGGACUGUUUGUGGUCGAGGUUACCAGAGACGUGAUCGUGCGAGCAGCAGACAGUAAGAAGGUUUAUCAGAUCAAUUUGAUUCCGAAGGAGAAGAUCUUUGCUCUGCUCUGCGGCCGGAACCGUCAAGUUCACCUUCACCACUGGGGGGCGCUGGAGGGUGCCGAGUCCACAUUCGACAUCAAGCUGACUGAGACCAAAGGCUGCCAGGCUCUGACUACAGGGGUGCUCCGCCCCGGAGGCCCCGCCUGCCUGCUGGCCGCCAUCAAACGUCAGGUUCUGUGCUACGAGAUCUCUCGAGUGAAGCCCCACCAUAAGAAGCUCUGGGAGGUGCAGGCUCCAGGUGUGGUGCAGUGGUUGGGCAUGGUCAGGGAGCGGCUGUGUGUUGGUUAUCCUUCGGGCUUUGCUCUGCUUGCCCUGCAGGGGGAGUCUUCCCCCAUCAGCCUGGUGAGCCCUGCUGACCCGUCACUGGCAUUCCUGGCUCAGCCACCUCUGGACGCCCUGCACGCCCUGGAGGUGGGAUCCACAGAGCUGCUGCUCUGCUUCAGCCAUCUUGGCAUCUACGUGGAUGGACAGGGCCGCCGGUCCCGAACCAAGGAGCUGAUGUGGCCCGCAAUGCCGCUCGCAUGCAGCUCUAACUCGUCCCACCUGACGGUCUACAGUGAGUACGGGCUCGACGUCUUCGAUAUUCACACCACUGAGUGGGUUCAGACCAUCUCCCUCCGCAAGAUCAGACCUCUGAAUGUUGAAGGGACGUUAAACCUACUGAGCUCAGAACCUCCUCGUCUGAUUUACUUCAGCAACACCUCGUCAGAGGGGGACCUCACCAUCCCGGAGACAUCGGACCACAGCAGGAAGUUGAUGGUGAGAACUCGCAGUAAGAGGAAGUUCCUGUUUAAGGUUCCUGAGGAGGAACGACUUCAGCAGAGGAGGGAGAUGCUGAGGGACCCUGAGCUCAGAUCCAAGAUGAUUUCCAACCCGACCAACUUUAACCACGUGGCCCACAUGGGACCAGGAGACGGCAUGCAGGUCCUCAUGGACCUCCCGCUGGUCUGUGACUUCACCUCCCUUUCCCCCGACCCGUCUCCCUCCCCCUCCUCCCGUCACACCCUCAUCUCUCCCCCCUCCAACUUUGAGCACGUCUAUCACAUGACCUCGGUGUCGGCCGGCGCCUUCUUGCAGAAAGACUCUUCCUCCUCCUCCCAGCAGAGCCUCCUGCAGCCUUCCUCCUCCUCCUCCUCUUCUCCCUCCACCUCCUCUCUGGGAAGGAGUGUGAUUCCUUCCUCUCAGGACGACUCAAUUAAAGAUAAGCCCCGCCCACUUUCCAGCAUCUCCCGGCAACAGAGGAGCAAGACUCACAUCACACGCACAGCCUCAGACUUUGGGGGCGGAGCUUCGUCUCACAGCAUCUCUGAGCCGGACCAGGACCUGGACCGAGAGCCGGACUCUGACUCCACCAAACAUUCGACCCCCUCUAACAGCUCUAACCCCAGCAGCCCCCCCAGUCCCAACUCCCCCCACCGCAGCCAGCUCACCUUGGACGGCCUGGAGAUGGAUCCCUGAGGCCCUGCACCCCUGCUUAAUGAACCAAUUAGGCUGCAGACUGAGAGUUUAGAUUUUACUUGAUGAUUUUAUUGUGGCGGGGUGAGUCUGCGCUUCCUGCUGCUUUUAUUUUUGUAGGACUAUACCUGCUGGGAAGCUCCGCCCCCUGGUUUUAAACCCUGCCUCCUGCUGAUGGCUGCUGUGUUUGACCUUUAGUCUGAUUGGCAUUGUGGGACCAAUCACUUUAUCUUCAUUAAAUAACUUCCUGUUGAGCUUUAGCGGGCCGUUAGCGGCUGAGCUAACAGACGGGAGGUCUCACUCUGAUGAGAAAAACACUGUAUGAAUUAAUUAUUCAUUUUAAAGUUUUGUUAAAGUUGCACAUCAUCAUCAUCGUUGUUGUUGUUGUAGGAGAAAAAUAAUCUUUUGUGUCAGUGAUGAUCUUUCCUGUUGCUCCCCCAGGGCUGGGGGGGGGGGCACACACCUGAACACUACUGCUCUGUUUCUUCCAGAAUCUCUAUUAAAGGAUCUUUGUCAUUAAACAUGUUAGCAGCCGAACAGAAACUCAAUAAAAUAUUCUGAAGAGUC